CAAACAAAAAGGUUUUAGUAGCAGUUUUGCAUUGCCCAAGUAAAGACAGAGAACUGAAAACACCGGGGAAGAAAAUUGCCUAGCAAAAUGUUGAGCAGAAUUUUCAUACUCGCUGCGGCCAUUGUCAUAGCCUCUUGCCUUCCAGAACACCCACUGGUCAGAGAUGAGGCGCAGGAUUUCGAAAAUCAACAGGCAAAUGAAAUACUAAAGCAUAUUUUGCGGUCUGGAACGGGCAAUGAUGAGGAAGUGGGGCAAGGGGAGCUUGGAUUUUCUUGGAGCAACUGUGGAAGUAAAUCAGAUGCAAUUCAAGUGAAAUCCUUGGGUGUCAAUCCCGACCCAAUAGUAAUUCCUGGAACUGUUAACGUCUCAGCGGAUGUCAUGGUUGCCGAAGACAUUACUUCCCCAUCUUCUGUGGCGCUUGUUAUCGAGAAAAAGAUCUUUGGAUUCUAUGUCAAAGUACCCUGUGUCGAUAACUUGGGUUCGUGCACUUAUGAAAAUCCAUGCAGUCUGCUGCAGAAUGUGACAUGUCCAGAAAUCUUCAAGCAGCAUGGCAUUAACUGCAGAUGCCCUGUAAAGAAGAGCGAAUACAAACUGCCACCAUCUUCACUAACUCUGCCUGAUAUCAAACUCCCAUCUUUCAUCGAAAAUGGCGAUUACAAAAUACAAGCAACUUUGAUGAAAGGUUCAGCACGUCUUGGCUGUUAUGAAAUCAAAGCUUCAUUGCAGACAAAAAGCCAAAUACAAGUUUAGAGCAGAAAGAAAAACCUGUCCAGCGAUUGUUGAUGAAAAUAAUAACGUGCCUGCAAACUGCCAACGUUCGGAAAUGAACUCACGACUCUUGAAAUAGAAUUUAAAAAAAUUGUUUAUGCUGAUCAUUUUGUUCCUCAAAGAAUGAUAGAUGUUGAUAUCGUUUCACUUGUUACUUUGGCCAGAUCUCCGACAGCUACAAAAUAAAACGAUGUAUCAUAAAAAUAUAUCAAUUAUUGCUGUAAAUCCAAAUAAUUAACACAAUUCUUGA